AUGCUUGAGCAAUGGCAAAGUUGGUCAUCGAGUUUUGUGAUGCCAGAGCUGCCGAGCUUCGGACUGGGGAAGAGUACGCUUGAGGAGCCAGCAGCACAAGGUCCACCUGCCUCCCCGAUCCGAUUUGGAACUGCAGACAGUCGGUCAUUGGCAACACAGAAUCCGAGCGGAGCAAGGGCUCAGGAAGGAGAUGGUGUAGUCUCGGCCGAAGAUGAAGGCAGCCACAUGGGGGCAUUCUCCAGCCUGUUGUCUGAACAUGCUACGCUUGCAGCUCCUGCAAGGAGUGUUGACGAAUCAGGUACGCUGGCGGAGCCUGCAAGACGACACAGCUACCGUCCAGUAUAUUCGCCAGACAUGCGGAUGGAUGAGGAAGAUGUGGAAGAGCAUAUGAGCACGCCAUUCCCUGCCACCACAGGCACUGAAAGUGAGGCAUCCGGUCAGCAGCCAGCUGUAGACACAGAACAGCUGCAGGUUGUAAUUGCGGACGAGCCCCCGCACUGGCUACAAAUGUCCAGCGAAAGCCUUGUGUCUCAGUGGGCACCAUUUUCUUCAUACAUUGGAACAGAUACGACGCUCGCCGUCAGACCGCCUCCAAUUCCUGAAGAAUCCUUGGCCGCUUUGCCAGAUGCAAGCCCAGAAGGCUUUCGAGUACUCUCCGUGAAGUAUCAGGAGUCCCUGAGUCGCAAUACUGUAUCUGUGGGUAAAUAUUUUUUCGUCGACGCCGCGGCUUUCCCUUCUUAUGAAUUCUCCUCGCACCCAUGCCUUGUUGAACAGUGGCGCGGGUCCUUGUUGGUUUGGAGUGGAGCUGUGAUCCUGAGUUUGGGUGCAUUGGGCGCAGUUGACCUGCCAGAGGCUAAGCUUCCGGCAUUUGGCCGCAAGGAGCCUCGCCGAGCAUCGCAGGCAGGAGAUUUCGAAGUUGACGACGUGAUUUUUGUCGUUGGCUUUCACAGGGACUUGGCCGUUUCCGUGGGCAAGCACAUGGCCCUUCCAGAGAAUCUUUUUGGCUACCAGUGCUACUGUAUGGGCAAAAGGCCUACACCACGGCAGGACAUUGACACCAUGAGAAGUAGCACGAAGUAUGUCGAUGAGCUGGGAGACUUGGGCAAACACCUUCAGAUUACCGUCGAGGUUGACGAGAAGGAACUCAUAGCCAUUCGCGGCACGACUGAGUCCAGGGCCAGCAUGGCUGUCAUUCUCGAACCGACUGCCCUUGUCGAAGACACCAACACUGUUGCAGAGCUGGCAAGAGAAAACAGUCUGGUGCUUGCGGGAGUAGAGGUGGCGGAGGAGGGAACCAUUCCCCAUAAUGUACGUUCAAGCACUUCCAGCGAGGCAUGGAAUGCAAGGCGCCAGGCGUUGCUCAGCGCUAGACCAAGGCACGUGCCAGACCGGGAAGCAACGCUGUAA